UUUGUUUAAGAUGAAUUAGUGCCGACUACAGCAAUUGAUCCACUUCCAUUCACCACAGAUGUAGAGAAUUGAUACCGAUUUACUUAACCGAUUAUCUCACAUCCAAUGCCGUCGCCACCCGAGCUCGGAGAAGAUGAUUCAGAGUUUUAGGUUACUUGAGUUGGAGAGUGAUGAAUGUGAGGUGCAUCUGCAGUGGUGACGCCAUCAUUAUUUGCUUUAUUAAUAGAGAGCAAUGCCCACACUGUUAUCCCUAACUUUCAAUUUUAUCACCAUUUUGGUGACUUAUUUCCAGUGAUGAAAAGCUAAACAAAAUUCCAAAGCCUAAUUCAAGUUUAAAGUUCCAAACUUAAUGAUUACAAGUUAUUUAUGAGCUUUACACUCAUAAAAUAUUAAGCAAAAAAAUCAUAUUUAUACACCUGAAAUCAUCAUGUCACUGGCCGAACAGUCACAGAAGUGGUUUCCAACUCAUGUUCAAGCCACUGUCCUCCAAGCAACAGACUUGCAACCAAAGGGCAAGAAUGGUACCAAUGAUGCCUACACCAUCAUCCAGCUGGGGAAAGAAAAGUACUCCACAUCAGUGGUAGAAAAGACCCUCAGCCCAGUCUGGAGGGAAGAGGCCUCCUUUGAACUGCCAGGACUGCUAUUGGGGAGCAAUCCAGAGGUUUACGAGCUGUGUCUCACGGUGAUGCACAGGUCCCUAGUUGGGUUGGAUAAAUUUCUGGGCCAAAAACUCAUAAACUUAAAUGAGAUAUUUGACAAUAAAGAACGGCGGAAAACUGACUGGUACUCUCUGGACUCACGGUCUGGUAAGAAGAGAAAAGAGCGAGGGAAGAUUCAGGUUAGCAUCCAGUUUAUGCGGAACAACAUGACCGCCAGCAUGUUCGAUUUGUCAAUGCGAGACAAGCCUCAGUCGCCAUUCUCCAAGCUCAAAGAAAAGAUGAAGGGUCGCAAGCAUGACUGUGCCUUUUCAGAGACAUCUUCUGCCAUUAUUCCUCCCUCAGGACAGAGCGAGACUGAUUCUUUGCCAGACCCGCACCCUCAGACUGCACCUGAACCCAAGCCAAAACGCUCGCUUCUCGCUGGGACGCAGAAACUUUCUGCUGCUCACUCCAUGUCUGAUCUGAUAGGAACCCACUUUAGGCCCAAACUUGACUCCAUGAACUCCAUUGAAGAGAGUGGGGGCACUGCAUCUCACCGACACUCUCAGAGUGAAGGAUUUGGCUGCUCAGCCAGCGACGUUCCAUGUGACCCCUUUUCUGACAUCGGAGAUAACAUGCCCCAGAAAUACGCCACUCUCCCGCGCAACCGCAAUCCCUUCGAGGGUGAUCAGGGGAUGCUGUGGGGGACCGAGAAGAGGGAGAAGAAGGACAAGGUUAGUCUUCUGGGGAGAGUGACUGGGAAGAAAGACGGCAAGAAAACUGGUACACGGACAGGUAGCUCUGGCGACCUGCGAUCUCCAAACCCCUUUACUACUGAAACCAACCCUUUCCUCUCACACUACAGAUCCAGCAGUGACAACAUGAGAAAACCCACUAGUAAUGAAGACCUUACUCAGAGAUUCAAAACCUCCCCUGAGAAGAAGCACGGCAUGAAAAACUCAAAAGUUCAUGAGCCUGAACAUCUCCAGGCAAGUAUGGCGGCCUACAGCAAUCUCUCCUUUGAGGAUGUUGUGCAGGAGCUCAUAAAGCAGAAAGAGGUGGUGAGAAAAAAAGAUGCUCAUAUUCGAGAGCUGGAAGACUACAUUGAUAACCUGCUGGUCAGGGUCAUGGAAGAGACUCCUAGCAUCCUCAGAACACCCUAUGAGCCCAAGAGGAAAGCUGGAAAGAUCUCAAAGAAAUAAAGCAGCCUGGAGUUAGACUUAGCAUAUCAGAUUUCUGGCUAAUAUAUUGUUUGUUAAAGGACAUUAAAAUGUCGGCAAGUAUACUUGUUCACACAUGGACUGAUUGUAAAAGUUAUUCUGGGUUUUCAAGAAUAAUCAGAUUUCUGGUUAUUGAAGGAUGACGGGCACUAAAUGUGGCAAUGCCAAACACCCUUUUUAGACUUUUUUUUUUUUUUAGAGAAACUAAUACUUGUGAGUGAACCAUUUUGGAAAAUAUUCACAAGUAGCCAUUCAUGGUUAAGAAAGGCUUUCUUGUGUGAUGAGACCAAUAUUAUGUUUGCACUGAAAUAGACUAUGUAAGUUGACUUCAACUUUGAAUUCAGCACUUAAUACUACUCAGUACUACUGUGUUUUACAAUGAUCAGUUUGCAAUGGUAUCACUGGGAUGGACUGUCCAUAUGAGGCCUUUAAAUUGCUGUUACAGCAUUCACACAAACACAAUUGGAUAUUGAAAAAACCUGAUACAUUUAGUUACAUGUUUGUCUUAUAAAAUAUGUGGUGAAGCAAGGAAACUCGUAGAUUACUGGGACCGCAGAACUUAAAACCUAUAUUACGUGUAUACUGGAUGUCUGGAAGACCACGUUGGGUUUGAAUGAGUAACUCUCCUUGAGUGUGUUUACAUUAGUAUGUAUGAUCAGACUUUUUUGGGGGUACCAGAUUGAUUAGUUGCAGGUUGGUACAUUAACUUUUGGAAUUUUUUUCAAAUGAUUCUACUAAAAUGAGAUCAGUGUUAUAGAAUUACACUACUAAAUGUUUAUUUUGAGCUUGAUUUACAAUGAACAAAAUGUAUAUGUGAAUAAUACUCUUCUUUUUUUUUUUUUUUAUGUCUAAGAAACAAAGAAACUCCCUCCGUAUUAUAUACUGACAUCAAAAGUUUGGAAAUGAGCAUACAUUCUCCAAAGACUUUAUAUUGAAUGCCAUGUAGUUCAGCUGGAAUGUACUGAUGCUGAAUUUUCAGUAAACCGCAGGACUGUCUUUGAAUACACCAAAGUGAGCCAGUCCGUCAGUCAAGCAGAAGUAUUAUAUAGCCCCUUUUAACAACUUAUUUAAACUUAUUGGCUAGGUUUUGCUGAGCAGUAAACUAAUGUACAAUUCUAGCCCAUGCUGAACUAAAUGAAAACUUCUGCUAAUAACUUUUAAUUUGGUAUAUUUGCUUUUAUCGUUUGAUUGGUGUUAAAAUUAAUUUUAAUGAAAACAUUUCUGUCAUUCUAGUUCAUUACAAUGCAUUGCAUGUUUCAUGCAAAAAAAUAAAAUUAAUAAGAGUUAUGUUGACAGAAACUAGCUAUGUACAUUCAAGAAGAAAAUGGUUUACAAGUUGAAGGCGGUAAAUAGUGUACUGGUUUCCCCAUAUGUGUGUGCUUUUUUUUUAUAGUUUUGCACUGCAGGACACUUCCUGCACUGCUUAUUGUGAUUUUGCUCAUAUUCUGUCAUCAGUAGUACAUAUCUGGUGCUAAAACACUGGCUUUCGUUCUUGGUAACAGAGCAUUUAUUUCGCAUCAUGGGCUGUUACACUGGAGCAUCUGUAUAGUGAAAUACUGUAAAACAAUGGUGCAUAUUUGCUCCAGUUACUAGUAUGAAAUAUGUACAUUUGAGAAAAGAAAGAAAAAAAAAAAGAUUGUAAUGGUGGUUUAGUAUACUGUAUUAUAACACAUUUUAAAUACAUUAGCCCUUGAUCUGAAGAACAAAACUGAUACAGGGCAAAUAUUUAGGCCAUAAUACCCCUCUUUAGAUAUUUUUAAGCAUGUAUAUAGCUCAGCAGAAAGCUUCCCAAAUGUAUUAUGUCAUAGUACUAUGGUAAAAAACAAAAUACUGUGCUGGUCAGCCAUGCUGGAAAGCAAGUUUAAUCUUGCUAUAAUAUUAGGUCACGAAGUGUUGUUUUCUAACUGUACAUUUUGUUAAAUGUCUUGUUGCAAGUGUUAUGUACUUACAUGUGUGGAAUUUAAUAUUUAUGUUAAAAUCAUUCAGUGCCAUGAGCAGUGUUACACCGUCUUACUGCUGCCAUUAGGACCCUGGCUCAAUGUAUUUUCUUGGGUCAGUUAUGGUCAAAUUAGAACAUUUAUUAGAUUUUGUACAACCAGAAGCUUAAAAAGAAGUCAAAAGUUAGUUCAGGAUUCUUACAAAAGUCACGUUUACAUCCUUUUUUUUAUUAUUUUUUUUUAUUGUUAGGUUAAUUUAUUUAGAGUUCUCACAAAUAUGCUGAUUUUAUUACUAGCCAAAAAUGUUCUAUUGAAUGUGAUUCAGUUUAGGAAAGUCAAGUGAGCUAUAGUUUACUCUUUACCAAUUCAACAGCUCAGUUUAGUUACUUUAAUUAUUCUCUCUUUAAGGAGAUGGACUAUGCAUUUUAUGUUCCAAGAGUUUGUUUGUUUUUGUGAGCUGUUUUUUCAAGAGCUCAUGAUCAAAUAAGGCACAAAAAAGCAAGUUUUGAUCUGCAUGUAAUUGCUGAAGCAGUAAGGAUAUGCUGACUUCCAUAAACAGUAUAAAUUGUGUUUUUAUCAUAUUCAGCAGAGCACUUUCAAUUUGUCUCAUUGAACUGGAACUGCUGUGUAUCUCUCUUUAGAGCAAUUCUUUGUGGUACCCUGAAUGUAUUUUGAUCAAUCAGCAAUGUCUGUAAUCAAACACCGUGUUGAUCACCCUGUAUACAGUAAAAACUGCAUCAUCUAGCAUUACUUUCAUCACUUUUGUUUAUACAGCUAAAAUUAUACUGAAAUUAUUAAUUUAUUUUUGCUUUCACUUAAACCAGAAUAUGAGGACAGUAGAUUUGUACUUUGUUUCACAUUAUCAAGGUUUCACUGUGGAUGAUUAUCAAAAAUGUGUCAAUCAGGCAAGUGUUCUCAGCAGAGGCUAUUGAGUCCAAUUUAGAUUUUUUGAUGAAUGGCAGCCUAAGAAUUAAGUGGGGUUUUUUAUUUGUAAAUGCAGUAUCAAGCAUAAUUAACUCCACCACAGUCUAAACAAUGCAAAAUAUAUCAUGCUAAAUUAAAAUGAAAUCCAGUUCUUUAAUGGUGGUGUCAAUGUCUAGAAUAUUACACUUUUUUUCCAUUUUUAUUCAUUUUCGUUUCUGCAAAAUGUUUUAUUUCUACCUGCUCUUCCGAUGGUUUAUUUGUUAUUAAUUAUUUGUAACCUAAUGGUUAAUGGUUUGAAUUACAGUCAUCAUACUUUCUGUGUUACUGCUAUUUUCCUAAACAUUUUGUUGGAAAUACUUAUUAAUUUGUAGCCUGAAAGAAACUAUUUAAUGUAGAUUUUGUUCCUCAGGAAAGGAAAUAUGGCAAUACAAAAAUGAAAACAUAUAUGAAAGCAACAGUAUCAACACAAAUUUAAAAUAGAAUAUAUAUAAAUAGCAGUGAUUUUAUGUAUUGUUGUUUUGUAUGCAGUAAUCUCUGGUGCUACAAUUAUUUCUCAUAUAUUCUGUAUCAUAUAGGUUUCCAAUGUUUGCAUUUAUUUUGGCAUGCUGCAUGAAUGAGUGUAGAAGAGAGAGCUGAGUGUAUUGUCCUGUGACAACCACAUACUGUUAAAGACACAAAUUGUGCUACAUACACUUUCAAUACAUUUUCUUUAAUUCGUGACACAUGUCCUUUGUUGCUUUGCUAUACAUAUCAGAAUAACAGCAAGAUAGAAAAAAAAGCUUGUAUAGUAAUGCAUGUUUUCUGCAUUUUAUUCAAAUUCAAGACUGGGAAAACUCUGAAGUACAAAUAUUAAUUGACACUGGUACACAAUAGCAUCAAAAACAGUCUUUAUUUCAGUACUAUUGUGGGCUGCUGAUGUCCAUAUAAAUGCAUUAAUUAUAUGAAAAUUCAUUAGACUUUGCAAUUAUCUCUCCCAAGCCGAGGGAAUUUGGGAUCUCCAGCUUUGUUAGCAUUCACAGCGAACAUUGUGGAUAUUGUUUUCUUUCAGGCAAAUAAAAAGGAAGGAAAUUCUCAUUCCCACCCAAACAAAUAAAAUAGCCUCUUAAGCGACAAAGUGGCUUGUUAAACUUCUCACCUCAUUUGUUUAUGAGGUGUGUGUGUGUGAGAGAGAGAGAGAUCUGCUGCAUGAACAAGUGCCACUCAAGAUGUUUACCAUCUCCUUUAGAGGAGUAGUAUCAUUGCUCUUCAUUCAAAAGACUGGUCCCUCCACAAUCAGCCCAGAGUCCUCCACAGAGAUACUCUCACUCGGCAAAAUUUGGAUGAAAAUGGGGCUUUUUUUCUCGCAAUGAGAUGUAGAUUAAAAGAUAUCUCUAUUGAAACUGAGCGCUUCUCAAAGCGACAUGCUGUAUUUUCAGUAGUUCCUUCAAAAACACCAUCAAAGUAAGCUUGAGACAAUAUGUUGUGCUAAAUACAUUCUUCCUGAUGCUGUCUCUUUUGCAGUUUUUAGAGUAGAGAGUGGCUUAAAGUAUUGA